AUGAACUUGGAAUCGUCCGUUGUUUCCUCGAUGUCCAAGUCCGUCGAGUCAGUUAGCGGAAAAAAGAAUAUCCUUAUCAGUGGUCUUCAAAAGCCCAUUGAUAUCGUAUUCCCGCUUUUUGAUCAAAUGAAUACAAUUGCAAAGGUCCCUAAAAUGGUUAUGUUUAUCGUUUCGCUUUUCUUCGAUUUACAGGCCUUCUUAGUUUCCAUGUGGCCUAUUUCAAAUGCAUUUGAUUUAUCAGACCCAACACAUUAUCCAGUUCUUCAUUGGGCACUUCAAAUCUUUUGGUUUACAAACAUUAACGACAUAGACUCUUCACUCCAAUACCAGCUUAUCAUUGCCAUUGUCGCAGCUAUUUUAUCCGUUGGCUGGCUUGGUUUUGAAUUGUUCUAUUAUAAGGUUAAGAAAUCUUUCAUCACAUGGUCAUUAUGGGUACAAAAGGUCAUUUUCGAUAUCAUCACACCAAUUUGCCUCUAUCCAUGCGCUUCUUUAGUCUCAUUUGCUUUCAAGACAUUACAUGAUACAGGCAACAACAAGUAUUGGGUACAUCUUGUUCUCGGUGCUGUUUGCUAUGUCGUCCUCUUUGCUAUCACAUCCAUUGCUAUGACAUUAAGUAGCCGUACCGUUAUCUUAACAAAUACUCCAUUCCCAUUAGUUGAUCACAGAUUAUUCAUCAACCACACAAUGAUCAACUCCUUGAUGAUUGUCGUUUCAUUCAUACUCAGUAUCUUCCCUAACUACUACAUGGUUAUCGUUUACAUCUGCCAUAUCUUAGCUAAUGUCUACAUUCUUACAAUUGUCACCAACUUCCCAUUCUACAAGAUUCUUGAUAAUGCGAUUUACUGCUCUAUCACAGUUUCCACGAUUAUCAUGGAUCUUUUGUUCAUUGGUAACAACUUCAUGAAGGCAGGUAAGGAGUACCUUAGAAAGUGGAUUCCAUUUAUUGUCGGUUGCGCCCUUCUUGUUGUCUUGACCGUUGCUUUCUACUACAUGUUCUUCUUCAUGGCGAAAAAGAUCAAGAAGCAAUUCAAGUACACAUCCAACGAAAUGACAGAAGAAGAGAAGUACGCAGUGUUCGACGAACUCAAGCUCGACCAAUCAGAGAACAAAGCCAUGAAAUACCUUUAUGUAUCUUUUGUUCAAAUGGGCAAGAUGUUCGUUGAUAUGUCAUACGUUGCCUAUCUUACAAACCAUUACGACUCCAACAGAGUUCUCUGCUGCCUUGCACAAGUUGUCGCAUUCUUCCCAUCCGAAAUGCGUAAACUCAACAACAUUUUCAAGAUGAUCAUUUCACAGAGAAAUCUCACAUUCGGUGACCGCUUCGUUGUCUUCCAGAUUGGCCGUAUUCGUGCUCUCCGUGCUUCCUCUGUUUCCAUUGAUGCAAACGAGAAGAUUUUAGUUCUCAGAAACCUCAACAACGAGUGUGAAGCCAUGAUGAGACACUUCUGGAACCUUCCUAAUCCAAAGAUCUCCUUCUGCGAGAAAGUUUCCUCCACAACAUCCAAUGCUUUGCUUCUUUGGAACGAAGCCAUCAACCACUAUCCAAACAACGCAAAGAUUUCAUACGAAUACUCCAGAUUCAGAUCAGAGACAAUGGCUGAUUUAGAAGGCGCCAUUUACCAACAGGAGAGAGGUGACCAGAUUGAAGUUGGCCGUAACUUCGCUGUCGAUGCUUCCUUCAGAUCAUUCAUCAGAAUGUUCCCAUCAUACAUCUUAAACAACGUUUUGGAUGAGAAGGGCAAGAGAAUCAUGAAGAAGCAGGUAAACAACGGAAAGGGUUCACAGUCAAUGCAGACAUCCGGAUCAAACUCAUCACAGAGAUCAUUGAACUCUUCUUCAAAUGAUAUCACAAUCGAUGCCGAAAUGGAAGAAUCCAUUGGUAAGAAGAUUUUCAAUCACUCAAGAAUGAGAUUAGCUUUACACCACGCUUUAGAAACACGUAAAUCCUCCAUCAGGAAAUACUUCAUCAUCUUCUCAUUCAUCACUCUCAUUGCUACAAUUGCAAUCUUUGUGUUCUUUAACGUAUUCCAGACAGAAAAGUUCAAGAUCCGUAAGGAGUCCGUUGUCUACAUAAACUCUGCUACAAGAAUGAGAUUCCUUGAAAACGUCGCCAUCUUCCAAGUCUGGGCACACUGGGCAAAGAAUGUUGGCCGCAUUUCUAACUGGGAAGAUUCAUUCAAGGCAUAUUGGGCAGCUGAUAAAUCAACAUUCACAGAGUACGUCAAACUCGAUGAAGAACUUCCAACACAGAUCACAUCAACUGUUAAGGAUGCUGCAUCAGAGUUCGAUGUAAUUCUCGGCAACCUCGCUAACCUUGCUGCAGAAGGUAUCAAUGUCUACACAAUGGCUUCAACAUUAGUUUCUGAAACAUGCGAUUUCAGAUUCUGCUACAACUCAUCUGAUAAGGGUGAUGUCAAGUCAACUUUCAAGGAUAAGUAUAUCUACAUGUUGCACUUGAACAAGAUGAUCGCUGGUACAACAGAUGUCAAUGGAAUCUUCACAGCAAACGAUUUCUGUGAGUUGAUGAGGAACUCAGACACAUUCCCAAUUGAUGUCUCAACAAUGUUCACAUCAUUCCUUAACUCCGCACAGAAGGAUGGUGAAGAUCUCAGACAGAUCCUUUCUUAUCUCCAGAUCGCCGCUCCAAUCAUCGCUCUCAUCAUCUCAUUCGUUCCAAUCUGCGUCACUGUUAUCGCUUUCGUUCACUCCGUCAACAAGACACUCAAGAUCUUGAGCUCUAUGGAUGAUGAAGCUAAGGAAGGCGCUAAAUUACCAAUCAGAAAGGAUAUCGAAGUUACACAGAACGCAUCAUCUGAAAACAUCAAGGCUUACUCAUUCACAUUACUUUCCAUCAUCAUCUACUUCGUUUUCGCUGUUGCUAUCACUGUCACAGCAUUCCUCUUCGCAAAAGAAAUGGGAUCAUCCAAUGAUACAAUCUCAAAGAUCUCACAGUGGUUCUACUACGCUGCUUCUAGAUCAGCUACAACUGGUGAAACAAUUGUCGAAAUCAUGAACGUCAUUGUUUUGUCCGGCCCAGAUCCACCAAAUGUCUCAUUCAUGAACAUCUCAUCUAACAAAGAUAGAUUCACAACAGACUUAGAGUCAAUCCUUAACAACAACGAAUACCUUCUCCGUGGUACAGAUGAUUCCCCAGCUUUCUCUGGUUACGAUACAGAGAUUGAUAAGCUCCACUACGCAGAACUUUGCACAGCAAACACAAAGGCUACUGAUAUGCACGAUCUCUACAGAUGCGCUUCAGCAACACACCAGUUAGCUGUCUUCAAGGAUCUCGCAAACGAAGUCCAGGCCAGACCAGAAUACUUCGGCGGCCGUGUCAACAUCACAUCAUCCCUCAACUUGAUGCACAUUGUCACAGGACAUCUUUGGUACACACUCUUCAAGAUCAACUCAAAGAUGGUCGAUCUCGUCGAGCAGCGCUCUUCAAAGAUGAAGCGGACAAACAUCACAUGCACAGUCAUCGGUGUUGUCAUCGCUCUCGCUAACGUCGGCAUGACACUUUACCUUGUCUCAAGAGCUGAUGGCACAUACGUCAUCCUCAUCGCUCUCAUCAAGCGUCUCCAGCCAGCAAACAUUGUCGCUUCCAAGCCACUCAUGGACUUCUUACUCAACAGAAAGUCAAGAGAAGACGACAAGUCAAUGUCCAUCUCACAGUCUGUUGUCAGAAACUGCGCAGACUGCAUCAUCUACACAGGUGUUGGUGGAAUGAUUGAAAUGACAAACCCAGCUGUUUCAACAAUUCUUGGUUACACACCAGAUCAGUUACUUGGUCAGCCAAUUGGCAGAUUCUUCAGAUCCGAUGAUUCCGAGAAGCUCGAGAAGCAGAUGGAAUUGAUGAAGAACAAGCAGUCUGGUUCAACAUACGAAGACAAGUUCACAUGCAUCUCAGACUCUGCUCGCGAAGUUUCCUUCCAGAUCAGAUUAAUCGGUAUGAAGAACGAAGGAUCCGAUGAUAUUUCCUCAUUCGUCUUCAUCAUGUCCGAUAUCACAAAGCUUCUCAAGCAGAUGAAGGAAGCAGAAGAUGCCAAGCAGAAGUCAGAAACAUUGUUGUUCCAGAUCCUUCCAAAGGACAUCGUUGUCAGACUUGGCCGUGGCGAAAAAGAUAUUUCAUUCACAGUUCCUUCAGCUUCUAUCAUCUUCAUCGAUAUUGUCAAGUUCUCUGAAUACGCUGCUUCUUUGACACCACAGGAAAUCAUGGGUAACUUGUCAACUGUAUUCGCUGCAUUCGAUGAAAUGGUUAAGAAGUAUCCUAAGAUCACAAAGAUCAAACUGAUCGGUGAUGUCUACAUGGCUGCUGCUGGUCUUUUCGAUGAACAAGAUGAUCCUGCUUCACACGCUAAAGAUAUGGUCAACUUCGGUCUCGACUGCUUAGGUGAAUUAGACGAAGUCAACGUUAAACUCAAUGCAUCAUUAGAAGUUAGAAUUGGUAUUAACACAGGUGGUCCUCUUCUCGCUGGUGUUCUUGGUACUGAUAAGCCUGUCUUCGAUAUCAUUGGUGACCCAAUUAACAUCGCUGCUCGUCUUCAGAGUACUGAUAUCGCUGGACGUAUCCAGAUUUCUAAGGCUACGAAGGAAUACAUCGAAAAUAGUAACUUUAACAUCGAAGAAAGAGGUGAAGUCUUCCUUAAGGGUAAGGGUAAGCAGAUGACUUACUUAGUUACACCACUCUCUGGAAUGAUGCACAUCACUUCUUCACUCUCACAAUCUAAGCUUGGUGCAUAA